GCAGGUGAAUUGCAUUUUCUAUGAUGGAAAUUUUAAAGUAAGAUUUAUAUUUUAUAUUUUAUACAGAUCUUUAUAGUCAGUUUGUCCUUGGAAAUUGUUCCAAAAUAUGAGUGUGUAGCAAAGUUAAAAUAGUACUCAUAAUCUCCAGAACAUGUUUGAAUCACUGCAGUUUAGAAUUAGCAGUCCUGAGACAUCGGAACUGGCAGCUGUUCAUCUGAUGAUUCUGAUCAAUGGCACCCCAUAUCUAUUUAGUGUACAAUAGUACAAUACCAGUCAAUGUAAAUUACCACCUCCCCCAACCCAGGAGUUGGUAGUUUUUACUUUUCAGCACUGCAUAAUCAAAAUUGCUGGAUUGUAUGAAUAUCUGGUUUUGUCUUAGUGACCCUGCUUUGCCCGAUGAACCCCACACUUCCUAGAUUCGAGCAGGCAGGGACUUAUAUUGACUGGUACUUAGUUCAAUUGCAGCAAUUGGUCUGCCUGUGUGUUAUUUUUAAGUGUACCCUGGUUCUAGAGGCUCUUUGCAAGGUGAAAGAAACAAGAGGCAAGAACGGAGAGCCUCUGGACAUAUCGAUUGCAAAUCCUACUUCCAAACUUGACUAGGUUCAUAAUUUGGACCUUGGAUGUGAUUGGCCAUUUGUAAACAACCUGUUUAAUUUAAGAAAAACCUGUUUGGGAAAUAAACACUACUGUGAGCUAAUUAUAGCCUGUAUUAAAAUAUUCUAUUAAACUCAACCAAGCAUGAAUAUUAAUACUCCUACAGGUGAAAAAGGUAUCGAAUUUCUCAGGAGAUAAACAUAUUAAUCAGUUUUGCAGGACUGGACAUGUUAGUAAUACAUGCCCAAGCAUGUAUUGACUUUAAUAGAAUAUUUUAAUACAGGCUAUAAUUAGCUUACAGCAAUGUUUAUUUCCCAAACCGGUUUGACAUAUUUUUACAAAUGGCCAAUCACAUGCGAGAUUCAAAUUCUGAACCUAAUCAAGUGUGGAAGUGGGAUUUGCAAUCGAUGUCACCCUGGGCCUUACACAGCGGAGGAGGGGGUGGCAGGGGGCAACUACCCCCCUAAAGAAAACUGUAUUUACAAUUUUUAGAUUGUCAUUAUUAAUUAUUCUUUGCAUAUUUGGGCCUUUUUUCAACAUAUAAGCCUUACUGCCCCCUUGGUGAUACGGCCCUGAUGUGACCAGAGGCUCUCCGUUCUCACAUCUUGUUUCUUUCACCUUGCAAAGAGCCUCUGGAACCAGGGUACUUUUUAAGUAACACACAGACGGAGCAAAUAUUAUAAUGCUUUUAAAAAUCUUCAAUUUCAAAAGAGGCAGUAAAUUGGUAGGGAAAUCUUUCAAUAAUAUCCUGUGGUUAUGGUAAACUAUGUACCGGUACCAGACAAUAUAACUCCCUGCCUGCUCAAAUCUAGGAAGUGUGGGGGCCAUUGGGCAAAGCGGGGUCACUGAGGGCCUGUUUAUAUGAUCCUGCCUAGACGGGAUGUUUUCAUCCCGCCUAGAUGGGAAAUUUGCCUAGUGUUUAUAUGGACAAAAUACAUUGCCUGGAUGAAGCCAUUUAAGUGAGCUUGACGUCAUAUUUUUGUUGCAAUAAAGGCAUUUACGCAUGCUCAAAAGGGAAAAGUUCAUCCCACCUAGCUGGGAUGAAGUGUUUAUAUGGGAAUUUUUCGUCCCAGCUAGGCGGGAUGAAGUGUUUGUAUGGGAAUUUUUCAUCUCGUUUAGGCGGGAUCCUGGCAUCUGUUGCCGAGAUCCCGCCUAGGCGGGAUAAGUGGUGCCAGGAUCAUAUAAACACUCUUUAGAAUUUGUAUUAUGAGCGGGAUCUCGGUAAGCACCCCGUCCACCUGGCCGGGAUCAUACAUAUAAACAGGCCCUGAGACAAAACCAGAUAUUUACACAUUCCAGCAAUUUUGAUUAUGCAGUGCUGACUGCUGAGAAGUAAAAACUGCCAACUUCUGGGUUGGGGCUCCAGGUGGUAAUUUACAUUGACUGGUAUUGUACACUAAAUAGUUAUGGGGUGCUACGGCUGCCAGUUCUGUUGUCUUUAAAAUGACUGCUAAUUCUAAACUGCAGUGAUUCAAAACAUUGCCCCAGCAUGUUCUAGAGAUUAUGAGUACAUACUUAUAUUUUGGAACAAUUUCCAAGGACAAACUGACUAUACAGAUCUGUAUAAAUUUCCAUCAUAGAAAAUGCAAUUCACCUGCCUGCAAAAAGGUUAAUCCACUUGGAACGUUUUCCGUGGUUGUGGACAUUCAUUCCACAUCGAAUGCAUCCUGUCCAACAUCAGCGAUUGCCCAGUUUGUCAAGCAACAACGUUGGCAAAUGUUGAACUUCAACACUCAGUUGAAGCUCUUGGAAGGCCUUGGAAAGACAGCAAAUAUUAACGCUGUUUGCCUCGGCGACUCGCUUUGGAGAGGACGAAAGCGACGAAGAAAUUGAGGCAGCCGAUGACGAUGAACCAGAAGACGAACAGAACGAAACCCUCGUGAACAGUUUGUUAGCAAAAAUAAGCAUUUCGCGAAGGUCUGACAAUCGCCAUUUUGCCAACCGGAUAUGUUCAGUAAUGAGUGUGUAUGAGUCAUGCGAUACUGUCCUGGAUCGUUGUGACGCAUUUCCGAUGCGAGAUGAGAUGAUAUAGGUAAUAUUUAAAAAUAUUUCGGCUGUGGUGUUGGGAAAAUAAGUUUAAACUGCCAAAUCUACCAUUUUUUUAUGUGUGUGUUAAGAUAGUGCAAGUGAGAGUAUGCUAUUUUACGCGCGUUAAAACACUGUUAUUCAAACAUAAAUAUUUCGCGUUCUAGAUCGAAUUUAAAAAAUCCCCCCGAGGAAAUUAAAUAAGAAAGCAUGCUUUAUCAGAAUUUCUCAGUUUUGGAGUAAAAAGUUUAAUAUCGAAUGUCACGGAGGGCGUAGAACAAGGUGUUAUUCUCUCACUCCUUUUGUUUAUAUGUUUCGAAUUUCAGGCAUUCUGAUUGGUCAAGGACGCAAAAUGUAAACAAACGCGCUGAUUGGCUAACAUUAUUUACCCUUGUUCCUUUAACCCCUGGUCUAAAUCAUAUGCUUAUUGAAGCGGGGCCGUUUUGACUUUGGGCCGUUUUGACCUAGCACCGUAUUUGUGGGCAAAUUGUCUAUACAAUUUUAUAUACUAGAUAUCACAGCCAUACUUGCCAUUUUGAUCUUUUCCUCGCGUUUAGAUAAGUUGAUAAGUACACUCAUUCUUGUUAGCCAUCAUACCUGUUCGGCUGUUCCUCUUUCGAUACGAAACUUCGAGCGCCGAGUUAUCAUACGGCACAUUCAAGUGUAUAAAUUAUGGAUGAUUCCAAUUCAUUACGAAUAUUUCUUACUCUUGUUCUUUAAAGGACAUUGGCAACCAAAAUUUUUAUUGCUUAUAUCUAUUAGGUAUGCUUACGGAAUACUUAAUUUUAUAUUUUGGCCGGUUUGUCGCAUUUAGUUGUUGAGAAAAUGUAAUAAAAAGUUCAACAGUAGUCCGCCAUUUUGAAAAUAAACACUUGUGCCACAGCAUACAUUAUCUGACGUCAUUAGAUGGGUAAACACAAUUUCAUGACUAUAAAACAAUACCGAGUAUUACCACGCGUAGUGCACUUUGAGCCUAAACGAAGGGCAGAAACGUUUUACCAAGUAUGUUACUUAUUUGUAACACUAUUUCUGAUAGUAUAUCAGUCCUAGUCCGUGUUAAAUAAACGCAGUAAUUCGAGUGUAAACAAGGCAAACACUAAUGCAAUAUUUUAUGAUCAAUUACCUGUAUUGUAAAUUGCGCCAUUCCUUGCUUUCCCAGUCGCUCGAUAUGUUUUUAUCUGAUAGUGUAGGCUUCUCUUGUUUGAUUGCGAAAAGUAUUGGCCAGUAUAACGCUCAAAACGACAUAUUUUUGGCUAACACGACACGCACGCAAUAGAAUUCUCACUUGUAGUUUUGGUGCUACCCAUCUAAUGACGUCACAAAAUUCGUUGACCUUCGAAGGUCAUUUUUUCCAAGAUGGCGGCGACACACAAAGUUUGCAUGCAUUUUACUCCUAGAGUAAAAUGUUCGAGAAGGAAAUGAUAAUAUUUUCAUAGUUAGGUUGUCAAGUAGGAUUGAAAUAGCCAAUAAAAAUUUUCGUUGCCAAUGUCCUUUAAAAUAUUAAGAGGCAAUUUUUUUUCAAUGUCACGUAUUUGCUGAAAAGUGUUCAAAACCUAAAAUCUUUUUGGCGUUCCUCUCAAAAUUACUUUGUUUUAGCUUUAUUCUCUACAGUUUAUAGAGUUAGCUACCUUUUUAAAUGCGUCUGCCGGUUGAGGAACAUAAAAUAAUAGUUAAAAAUUGCCAAUUAAAAUACAAUUAUCAAUGAUGCCUUAAAAUUGGCGCUACAUUUACAGCCAUUUAAGCAAAACGUACUGAACUUCAGACAUCAUUUUCUCUUUGGCGUAUCAUCUAAAAUCUCUUCAUUUUAGCAUUAUUUUAAAAAGAUAAAGCACUAUUAAACAUACUUUUUAGGGUUUUUUUACCGGUUGAGAAACGUAUUGAAAAAUAAAAAUUUUGAUUUUAGUCAUAAUCUCGUGUGGUAUAUUAUACGCAUUAGUUUUGAGCGCGUGUUACGUAACAUACAAAAAAUCUCGUUUAAAGAUUUGGGAACAAUGCUAUACCAAGGCAGCAUUCACUACCCUGUGGGUAAACUAGUUCAACAUCUAUCAACUUGAAUGUAAAAUUUCCUGAGCUUAGGCGGCUUUACUGUAAAAAUCCGCUUAAAAGAACCACUGUGAGACAGCUGGGAGGCGUGCAAUGGCCCCUCCAAAAGUUUAGAAAACCAUGGAAAUUCGGCAAAUCACAAAAUAUGUCAAAUUCAGGUCAUUUCAUUACCAUAUCCAUAAAAAUUCGGGCAAAAUUUGAAGUAUCAAGCCCGUACUUUUUUCAAAUUUCGGGCGCGUCGUUUACAAAUUUCGGUUUGAACAUUGACGGCUUGAACAUUGUAAAUAAUUAGUUUAAUUAACUGUACUUCCUAUAUACUUUGAUGAGCCAUACUUGCAGGGAAAUACUGUUGAAUAAACCUUUAUUAUUAAUUAAUAUUGGUAUUUAGAUCAUUUUACUUUGGGGGUCAGUAGACUCGGUACAAUAUCAUCGUUGAAUAGGUUGAAAUUGACGGGUAUAACUUUCCCACAUUUACCCAAGAUUUCGAAAGAUUAAUACUUAGGCAUACAGGCGUAUCCAAAAAUUGUAGGUAUAUAAUUCAGCUUGCCAUAAUAAUGGUUAGGUAUACUGGUAUAUUGAGCAACCAUGCAUUAUCGAUUAUAUUGGUAUUCUGGUAACCUCCCUGGCUCAGUGACGUACCAGAGGGGGGAGGGCCCGGUCCUCCCUGGCAGAACAUUGGGCCCCCUUUGGGAAAAUUCCGACCAGUACCAUAGAAAUGUGCAUUAUAUUUUCAUUUCUUCUAAUCUUCCUAUGUUCUGAAUGUUCUGGAUUUGUUUGUGGCUAAGUAGAGUUGUUAUGUGUUAAAUGUUUAUCUAAAAUCACCAAAACGCAUUAAAACAGCCCCCAAAAUGCUGAAAAUGGCACUUUACCGACUCUAGAAUUAGGAGGAGACCCCGGACACCCUUAAACGUUCAUUCUGCUCUAUUAUACAUGGAUAGCAUGGAAGUCCAAAAAAAUUUUCACGUAAUGAACAAACUUUAUUCGAACUAGCGCUGGGUAUUAAAAUUGCUUUGGCCCCCUCCGGGGAUUUUUUUGUCUCUCCUUGACUAGAAAUCCUGGCUACGUCACUGCCUUGAAGGCUGGGCCUGAAUUUCAGCUCGGUUAAACGGCAUUCUCGUACCCAGAGCCCUUCUUACGCGCGGUGCGACGAGGGGCUCUGGCCAAAUGGUACGAGAAUGGGUUAAACGGCUUCAAACACGACUACAAAUUCAAUAGGUGUACUGCCGCUGACUCUUCCACAAUCCCUCAUCCGUUAUCCGUACGCGCGGUCGCGCAUUCCCAUUAAGCCCCGCGCUCCCAUUGUUUUUCCACUGAUCUCUGAUUCCCAACUGAAGUAUUCUUUAAGGCCAUUUUUCCAUUGCGGUCGCUUUGCGCGGGCGGAGCGACUAAUUUCAACCACGUGAAAAAUCAGUCGACCGGGCAUGCCAAGAAAGUUGAAUGUAGUUCUACUUUCAUGGCGUGUCCGCAUACAUUCAGGUGGACAAAAAAUGCACAGCAACAAUGGAAAAUUGCCUUUAUAUAAAAUAUACUAAUGAGGACACGAUUACAAUAGAUACUGCCUUAUUAGUAUUCUUUAUAUAAAGUGAUUAAAGAAUACUAAUUAGGAGUGUUUGAUCAGGUUUAAAGCCACUGCACGUGACUGAUUAUGCUUUACAUGAUUUGCCAAAACGGCCGCUUAUGAAUUAUUAAUGAGGCAAUGAAUUCUUGGUAACCAUAUCCAUAAUGCUCUGCGACUAAUCAUGUCAUGAAUUGAUUGAAUUCGUCUGAACAUAUGGUCUGAAUUAAAUUUGGCAUAACUUGAAACGAAGCCAUUUUAUUAUUUAAAUGUCGACCAAUUGACGAAUUUAAUAACGAACAAGACGCUCCACGGAGCGUUAAGUCGCUGGGGCUAUGGAAAUAUGCAACUUUAAGUACAAGAAAUACCACUCCAAAAAUAUUGAUUCUUGAAGUUUGCCUGGCAGUAUAGUGUAUCGUAUGUGUUGAAAUUAUAAGCGUUUAUCCCGCUGUUGUCAUUGCACAGAUUGGCUGGUGUUAUGUUACCAACUGGCCAAGUUAAAACCGCACUUUAAACCAGUGUGCAUUAUAAAGACGGCGAACUGCAUGGAAUAAUAAUAUAUGUUAGUAUUGUACUAACUACUAUUAAAGAAAGAUUCCAAGUUACUUCCACGCGAUAUCAGGAAAUUGAGUUCCUCCUUUUCAGCUUUUGUUGGUAAUACAUUUUGUCCCAAUGAACCUUAAUCCUUCAAUGCUAUUUACAGUAAUAGGAAUAGGAUGUAGACUCGAAAGAAGCAGGCGAUGUCUGACUUUAAGUUUAAUUUAUGUAGAUCCAAAAGAUCAAAAUAUUAUUACUGACUGGAAAGUUUGGAAAUUGCGCGCCGGAGAUUUCGAAAAUUCUAUAGUAAAUAUAUAGAAAGCAUCAAAAUUUGCGCGCUCGAUAUCUCCGCCGCGCGAUACAAACUUUAAAUUAAUGAUAUAAAAUAAUAUUAUGUACAAAAUAUCCACUUCCCUCCUCGAUAACAUAAUAGUGAAACGUCGUGAUAACGUUUAGUGAAUUCUUAAUAUAUUCCUUUCAAAAACCCCAAAGGAAAGACACGAUUGGACUAAAUAGUCAAUAGCGAACUUUUGCGCGCCGUUCCCAUGGCCAUGGGUAUUCCAUGGUCGCCAUUUUGAUUUUGAUUUCGUAAGAAUUACGUAAUUAAAAUGACGUAAUUUGUCAUUUUGAAUUGUGGCGUACCAAAGGGCAAACCUAGAGUCGGUGGGCACCACAGGUGGCCCCACCGACUAAUUAGGUUUAUCUUAAUUAAAUUCGACGUACGAAACAGACCUUAUGCCAAGUACUUUUCAAAUGACGUCAUUAAAAUAUGAUGUACUUGUGCUGAGAAUUGCCAUUAGAUUUAGAAUGGUCAAACUCUGUAAAGUGUAUCACACAAGAUACCUAAGUAUUCUUGUAUGUUCUCGUAUUAAUUCUUAGUAUUAACGACAUAAGCACAGAUAUAACCAGUCAUAUUUCCUGGAAUUCCUGUAUGGUAAAAAAUGACGUCAUAUUUUCUGCAUGGAAUGACGUCAUAUGUUGUGCAUGGUAAGAACAAAGAAGUAAAAAACUGAAAUACACCCUAUUUGGUACUGAGCCUCGUUUUCGUGAUUUGAGAUAUUGGUUACAGUCGCAAUCCCGAAAACGAGUGUCAUAAUGAUGCAUAAUUAAUAUUCGAUUUUAUAAAAUAUCGUCCAGUCAAGACGUACGCGACUAAAGCCCCGUUUACACUACGCUCAAUUUUUGGUACCGUACCACUUUUUUGGUUCUUGGAAUCAAGAACUAAGAAAGUGGUACGGGUACCAAUUUUAUCCGUGCCGUACAAAAAAUUGAGCGUAGUGUAAACGGGGCUUUAAGAUUAUGUAACGUCUGCUUUGUCAUGAUGAGUAAGGGAAAAUAUUGCAUGCCAUCAUGCUGACGAAUGACGAUAUUUGACGGUGCGGAAAAUCGUCGAGAAAAUUCGUCUCUGGCUUCUUAGGAAAUUACGCAUGUCAACCAACCAAUCAGAGACACGUAGACACUUGCCACGUGACCAGCAUAUAAUGAUAUAAAUGAAGUAUGAGCACAUGCGCGACACACAAAGCUCACGUUUGAACAAGAAACUUCACAGAGUUUAUAACAAAACUUUUUGUUGAAAUUACUCGAAGAAGUCCGUAAAGAAAUGGCUAAAUCUCCAGCUAUCGGUAUUGAUUUGGGAACAACGUACUCUUGUGUCGGUGUAUUUCAGCACGGGAAAGUUGAAAUCAUCGCAAACGACCAAGGAAACCGAACAACGCCAAGUUAUGUCGCUUUCACAGACUCCGAGCGACUUAUCGGCGACGCCGCAAAAAAUCAAGUCGCUAUGAACCCUUCGAACACCGUUUUUGGUAAGCUUUUUAUUGAUAUUGUGUAUACAUGGUUUUACUUUAACUAUUUUUAAGAAUGCUAAUCGUCUACGGUCUAUGAAAAUAUAGAUUUUGAAACAACAGGAAGGGUUUCAUUUUCGCUUUGUAAAAAUUGUCAUAAUAUGUUGUUUUAUAAUAUAAGUUUUGUAUGUAGUACAAGUUUUCAUUGUACUAGCAAGUCUUUAUCAUAUCAAUAUAGUAGAAUAUUUCGUGCAUGUUGAAAGCAAGGAUACAAAAUUUACGGCAUAAAGUACCUAUUUCACAAUCUGUGAAAUACCUGUGUUUGGGCAUGGCCGCUGAGUCGUAUUUAAUUAAUAGAUAAUCAACCAGCUGUUAAUUUAUGUUGGCUAUAUACCAGUUGUUUUUAUAAAACAAGAAUAUCCAACAGAAAUCACUUUUAAGCGGUAAAAUUUUGGGCCAACUUUACCUCGUGGUUAAUUAAUUAUGCGACGGGAUUUGAUGCAAUAACCCCGACCCCUGUGGUAUUGAAGGAAAUUGCUAGUACCUUCUUGUUUGUUCUUGAAUAGUUGAGAUAUUCUCACUUCCAGCAAGUUUCCUUUUUAAAUUAAAUGGAAACUGAAAUAUCGGCAGGAUUUUCAAAUGUUUGGACCCCCAAGGGAAUUCAAGGAAAUUGCUGGUGUCUUCUUGCAUAUUUGAAAUAUUUUCACUUUUGGAAUUUGAUUGGUUUCCUUUUUAAAGUGAAACUAAUAAUCAACAGCAAAAUUUGCACAAUAAAGUCAUAUAUUCCUUCGUUUAGCUCAAAGUAAGUGGUAAAAUGUUUAGUCAUAAUGUAUUCUACGAAAAUGAGUGGGUUUCCUUGCCCGAAAGAUUGCGAAAAUUCACUCCAUUCUGGAAGAAAUAUUUAGUUUGCGUGUGCGAUGAAUCGCUCGCUCAAGAAUCUUGAGCGCACGCGCGAUUGCACGCCCUUAGAGCAAGGCCUGCAUAAAAAUACAUACAUGUGGGCAAGUUAUGGUGAGCUAGCCUGAUACCUCGCUUCCAUCUCCCCAAAAAUGGGUCGUUCCAGAAAAGAUCCACAUUCCCCCCACGGAGGAAAUUUCUGCCGUCCGCAGGGGAAGGGGGGAAAAAAUUGUUUCUGAUAAUAGUAAAUGUAUUAGGACAUCCAAAGGGGGUAGGGGGGUUAACUUCAUAUUUCCUCUGUGGGGGUGGUAUGGAUGUUUUCUGGAAUGACCCAAUGGCAAGACAUGUCAGAUUCAACUUUGUUUGCCCAACAUUUAAAACAGCAUAUGAAGCUGGCAUUACUGCAUUUGCAUCUUUAUGCAAAAGGCCACCAUGGAUCGGGCCAAGUAUGUUGAAUGCAGCCUUGAAUUGUUUUCUGAUAGAUUUAAAAUUAUUUUUCUAGAUGCGAAGCGUCUUAUUGGACGAAAGUUUGAUGAUGCUGAGGUUCAGUCUGAUAUGAAACACUGGCCUUUUGAUGUACGAAACGAAGGAAGUAGACCAAAAGUUGAAGUUGAAUAUAAAGGAGAGAAAAAGCGUUUUUUCCCUGAAGAGGUGAGUAGUAUGUCCUACAUGUAGUGUAAUAUUGUGUUCACCAGAUGAAUUUACCCAGUGAAGAGGUUGAAAAAGUAUCAGAACCUAGUUCCCAGAAUUUUUUUAUAGUUCUGAAAAUUACACUAAUUGGAUAUCCAAAUUACUAAAUACUUGAUUAUUGAAAUGAUUGAAUACCUAAUACUACCAGAUGAUCUUGAUACACGGAAAAGUACUGGCACUAGUUGUCAAAUAUAAAUCCAUUUUAUGAUUAAAACAACUGAAUAUCUCGUGUAAUAUACUUUAUUUCGAUUCCAUAUUUUUGUCAGAGCUAUAGUUCUCAUAACCAAACAUAAUUACAAAAUUUCAAUUAGUUUCAUAAAGAAUAACGAAAGAUAUAAUUGACUGAAGACACCAAAAUGGAUUUCUAUUCGGACAACCCUUUCUGAGCGCUGAUUGGCUAAAAUACGAACACAAGAUCACCUGGUAACAGUAUAGUACCUCAAUACAGUACUUCUCAAUUACAGCAGAACAGUUAGAAUGAAAAUAUUCAUAUAGCCUGCAGUUAGAAAUUUAUUUUUAACAUGCACUGCAACUACUAUGAUUGCUAUGCAGGAUUUAUCUUAAUUGUAUGCCUUAUCAAUCUAAAAGACAAGAUUACUUGUUCAUUGUCUAGUAUUCAGUAUUCGUCAUUCAAUUAAUUUUUUCAGAUCUCUUCAAUGGUUUUGACGAAAAUGAAGGAAACUGCUGAAGCUUACCUUGGCAAGAAAGUGACAGAUGCUGUUAUCACCGUUCCCGCUUACUUCAACGACUCUCAACGCCAGGCCACCAAAGAUGCAGGUAAAUAGCAACAACUCUGAAUGAGUAUAUAGCCAGUUCGAGUUAUGGACACCCAACAAAUUUUGUGGUUAUUUCUCAAAACUAACCAAGAAUUAGGGGCACACUGGAACCAAUUUGUUAAGUUCCGGAACUGGUAAAAAAUUCUGGCCGGAAUCGGAAUGGACUCACUAAGUGAUAUACAUGGUCAUAUGUUACUUUGUCUGCUGCCAGACAGUCAGACACUUUCAGUCACCAAGGAGGAGCGCACGCAAAUGUUAGAAUAAAAAGAUUGACAAUCGUUAAUUGUGCAUUAUUUUACUUGGAAGAAAAGCUAACACUUAGCAAAAUAUAAAAAAUUCUGUAAUGUCAUUUUUUUGGAAAACGCAAAAAUGUUGCAUUCUUCGGUAAAAUGUGUUUGGCAUUACAGAAUUUUUUGUAUAAUGAAAGUUUUUAGCAGUGCAAUACAGCAUGCAAAAUUUGAAUUAGGGAUGAGCCGAUAAGGAAAAUUGCCGAUUACUGAGGCCGAUUAUUUAUAAGCCGAUUAUCGUAACUAAUCGGCCGAUUAAUCGGUACCCGCCGAUUAUUUUAAAAAGCAAGCGAAAAAUCACAAAUUGACCAACAAUGAAGUUGUAAAUGCGGUUUUAUUGUUUACAGUACACACUAUGUACAAUUAAAAACAGCUUCAAUCUUGCAUGUCAAUAGUCAAAGUUAAGUUUUGGCAGUAUGGUGUGAAAACAGGAUAUUGUCAGCUAUGCGGAGCUAUUCUGCUGCGUUUUUCAGUGGAUAUGUUCCCAGCUUCACUUCGCUUGAGACAAAAGACACAGGUUUUGCAACAAAAUGUGAAAAUCUAUUCGCUUGUAUUCAGUAUUCUAGCAUGUGCUCGGCAGUUGCAGAAAAAGUCUUAUGGCCGAUUAUGUGCCGAGUAUCAGGCAAUAAUCGGCCGAUUAUUUAAAAAACGGCCGAUUAUUUACCGAUUAAUCGGCUCAUCCCUAAUUUGAAUAUAGGUCACCAGACAAAAUAGAGAGACAUAGUGCAUUGUUUUUCUAAAAUGGAAAAUUCUAAUGACGUAAACAAUUGACAUAAAAUGUUAUAGAACACGCGCAAUGACGUAAGAUGGCACAAGCAACUGCUCACGUCAGGUCAUUUUGGAAGUUAUUUUAUUUUGUUAAUCAGUUUCCGCAACUUGUGUGUAAAAAUGGUCACCCGGUUUUUGUUAGCAAUUCAUGAGCAGAAUUUUUGUGAUAACUAUAUUGAGCCACCUUAAAUGUCUUUUUAAAGCAACAGUAACAGCUAUUUUUAUGGGGUUUUGGUGUUUGUUUAAGGCUCUAAGAGUCUUGUAUAGGGAUGAGCCGAUUAAUCUGCCAAGCCGAUUAAUCGGCCGAUAAUCGGCCAAUUUUUAAUAAUCGGUAAUCGGCCGAUUAUUUCUGAAUAAUCGGCCAUUUGCCGAUUAUUGACCAGUUUCUAUUUUCUACUAGAAAUAAAUGAAAAUCUGUGUGAUAUAAAUGAAAUAAAUGAAAAUCUACACAAAUACGUACAAAUAAGAUCUUGCAUUUAUCUCACCUCUUCAUCGCAAAUGCAAUUAUUAUAAGUACGAAAAUUAACACUUAUACAUGUAACUCCCAUGACCGGAAAACAUUGUGUGCGCACGGAAGACCAUUACAUGAGACAAAAGAGAAUGUCAUGAAAACUUUUCAAUUUGUAUCCAGCUUUAGAAGGAAGGAAGAAGUGCUUUGCUACAUUAGCUUCUCAAGUUUCAUUUCAAUGCUUAAAAGCAUCUGAGGUUCAUCAGGACAACUAACGCCUACUGGUAAAUGUGUUAAUGGAAAUAAUCGGCUUUGGCCGAUUAAUCGGCCGAUUAUUUGGUAUUAUCGGCCACCGAUUAAUCGAAUCGGUAAUUUCAGUGAUCGGCUCAUCCCUAGUCUUGUACAUUUCUAUUAAGUUGCAUUAACACACACCCUACUUUAUUAUUUUACUCUGUCUGACGCCAGACAUAGGAUAGCGCUGGCACUGAAUGGGUUAAAACAACCAAAUGACAAAAUUUUGUUUUGCAAUUCAUCUGGGGAAAAUCUUCAAGUAAAUUAAUAAUUUUCAUUGAUUGUUUUGUAGGUGUGAUCACGGGCCUUAAUGUUCUUCGAAUCAUCAAUGAGCCAACGGCAGCUGCCAUUGCAUAUGGUUUGGACAAGAAAGUGAGUGCAGAACGAAAUGUUUUGAUCUUUGAUCUGGGUGGUGGUACAUUUGAUGUAUCGAUCCUUGCCAUUGAAGAUGGUAUUUUUGAAGUGAAGUCGACAGCUGGUGACACCCAUCUUGGUGGUGAAGAUUUUGAUCAAUACAUGGUGGAUCAUUUCGUGAAAGAAUUCAAGAGAAAACAUAAGAAGGACAUUACCGGAAACAAACGUGCCAUGAGGCGAUUACGUACAUCGUGUGAACGAGCCAAGAGAACACUAUCGUCAAGCACUCAAGCAAAUGUUGAAAUUGAUUCCCUCUUCGAGGGAAUUGAUUUCUACACAAGCAUAACCCGUGCCAGGUUUGAGGAAAUCUGUGGUGAAAAAUUCCGCAGUACUUUGACACCUGUGGAAAAAGCCCUUAAAGAUGCGGGACUUGAUAAAGGAGCAAUUCAUGAGGUUGUUCUUGUUGGUGGUUCCACACGUAUCCCCAAAAUCCAGAAGUUGUUGCAAGAAUUCCUCAAUGGCAAGGAGUUGAACAAGUCGAUCAACCCUGAUGAGGCUGUAGCAUAUGGUGCUGCUGUUCAGGCUGCGAUCUUGUCUGGUGACACAAGUGAUGAUGUCAAAGACCUCCUACUUAUCGACGUCACACCGUUGUCUCUUGGUCUUGAAACAGCUGGUGGAGUUAUGACAGCAAUCAUCGCCCGAAAUACCACGAUACCAACAAAGAAAACGCAAACUUUUACCACAUACUCUGAUAAUCAACCAGGUUUGUCUUGUGCUCCUGUCUUAUUUGCAUUCUUCAAGUAACAUUGCAGUGUAGUCUAGUCUUGUACAGAAAGGUCUCUAUUGUUUUUGUCACCUAUGGUUUCUGUCUGAACCUGUAUUUCCAUAUGUAGUAAUACCACAGAGUAGAUAAGACAUACAGAGACGUAACUGACCGUUGUAAACACUGCGGAAGAUUACGUUAUCAUGUACCCACUUUUUUCAGGCGACCGGCCGAAAAAUGAUCAACUGCGCGUGCUCAGCAAGUUUAAAGUGAGUCGUCAUCAGGUCGUCAUCCAAUCAGAUGCAUGCAUCUAGUAACUUGCCAAGCAUGCGCACAAAAAAAGUGGGUACACUAGUUACGUCUCUGUAUGUCUCUACUCUGUGGUAAUACUUAUAUUUCAGGUCCAAACCUGACAACUAUUUUGUUUUCCCAGGCGAUUUGCAUUGACCAUUUCAAUGGCUUUAUAUCCCCUUCCCCCUCAAGCAGAGUGUUAAAUGUAGUCAAUUUGAAGAUAUUAAUGGUUUAACCAUUUUUUUGUCUUUGUUAGGUGUGCUUAUCCAAGUAUUUGAAGGAGAACGUUCAAUGACAGCUGACAACAAUCUUCUUGGAAAGUUCGAGCUUUCCGGAAUCCCACCCGCCCCUCGCGGUGUACCGCAGAUUGACGUUACAUUUGACAUUGAUGCUAAUGGUAUCCUCAACGUUAGCGCUGUUGAGAAGAGUACCGGUAAAGAAAAUAAGAUCACGAUCACGAACGACAAGGGAAGAUUGAGCAAGGACGACAUUGACAGGAUGGUUAACGAGGCUGAGAAGUACAAGGCUGACGAUGACAAGCAGAGAGAACGUGUUCAAGCUAAGAAUGGUUUGGAGAGUUAUGCUUACCAAAUGAAGCAAACAAUGGAGGAUGAAAAAUUGAAAGAUAAGAUCAGCGAAGAAGACAAGAAGACAGUCUUGGAUAAAUGUAACGAGGUCAUCAGCUGGUUGGACUCGAAUCAAACAGCGGAGAAAGAUGAGUAUGAAGACAAACAGAAAGAAUUAGAGAAAAUAUACAAUCCAGUCAUCAGCAAGGUUUACCAAGCUACAGGUGGUGCACCACCCGGCGGUGUGCCGGGAGGGAUGCCUGGAGGAUUCCAGGGGGCUAGUGGUCCUGAUGGUGCUCCACCAACACAACAAUCUCAAGGUCCUACCAUUGAAGAAGUCGAUUAA